CAAUUUGCAAAAUCAUACGAUCUCUGCCAAAGUUUUGUUUUCUGAACAAUUAUACGAGGAUUAUAGUCUCCCAUUUCAAAAUCAUGUCGUCUUUUGCACCACCGAGUAAGAAAGCCAGACGAUCGCGCAGCAACGGCACGCCAGUUGACAGCGAUGGAGAAUUUUUUCCAGGAAUAAGCAAGAUUGAAUACAAGCCUGAUGCAGGGCCCGGAGAUAAUCUCUGCUUCAAACACUACAAUCCUCAAGAGGUGGUUAUGGGAAAAACAAUGGAAGACUGGUGUCGAUUCUCAGUCUGUUUCUGGCACACAUUCAGGGGCACAGGUGCUGACCCAUUUGGUUUUCCUACAAUUUCAAGACACUGGGAUGAUGGAAGCAACAGCUUAGAAAAUGCAAAACGAAGACUUCAAGCAGCAUUUGAAUUUUUUGAGAAACUUGGUGUGAAAUAUUAUACAUUCCAUGACAGGGACAUCGCCCCUGAAGGAGAAAACUUGGAAGAGACAAAUGCUAAUCUAGAUCAGCUCACUGAUCUUGCUCUUGAGCUGCAAGAGAAGACUGGCGUCAAGUUACUUUGGGCAACAUGCAACCUUUUUGCCAAUCCAAGGUACAUGAAUGGAGCAGCUUCUAACCCUGAUGCCCAUGCAUUUGCUCAUGCCGCUGCUCAAGUCAAGAAAGGGUUGGAGAUUGCCAAAAAACUAGGAGCAGAAAAUUUUGUUUUCUGGGGUGGACGUGAGGGUUACCAUACCUUACUUAACACUGAUGUCCGGAGAGAGCUUGACCACAUGGGCAGGUUUUUCCAGAUGGUUGUAGGUGAGUACAAUAGUACAUCACCAGAAUUGCUGGAUAUAUGUACAGUCAAAUCUCUUUAAUAAUA